ACAAGCAGAGCUGCGGACCAGACAGUUUGGAGACCAACGAAGAAGAGUGGCGCACACAAUGCACUGCACGGCUGAGAAGGGUUGUGUCUCCCUGAUUUUCACGAUAAAUAUCCAAUUCAGUGGAAACUUGUGAAAGGGCAGCAGCGGAGCCGUUCUGUUUCUCUCCUCAUUUAUUUGCACACUGGAUUUAGUGAGAAUAACAAAUCGUUGACCGGAACCGUCGGCGAGUGGUCCAACUAAUCCUAAACAUUGGAUUACACAGUGAAGGCUGCAUGAAGGAGCUGCCCAGCCCAACGGGGGCUUGGCCGACACCCUCGUUUAUGGAAAUCGACACCGAGGCUUUGAUAUGUGGGCCUUGAUUUUUUUCUUUAUGAUGGAGGUGGAACGACGGAAGAGUUGCGUGUAAAGAAGCGAGAUAUCGUUAUUUUGGGGCGAUUGGUUUUGCGAAUAGGCCUCCGUAUUCUUCCUGCUUCCCUUUAAAAAAUACGGAAAGGUUGUUGCUUGUGGGCUAGCUGGCUAACAGCUGGAUCGGCUAACGCUAGCUAGCCGGAGAGCUAACGUUACGUCUUUCUUUUGAUGUGAUGCGAAUUCAACCAUUACUAUCGGCCAUCAACAUUUCGGCAAGGAGGAAAAUUUGUUCUGGUAGCCGCGGAAAAUUAAUUAGCUCAACAUUGUAAUGUCCGGCUUGUCAGUCUUCACAGACACGUUUUAAGAAUAUAGUUUUAUUCUUAGGUCGCUGGCUGAAUAUAUUGUACCGUGUUGAGUUAGCCGUGUACAUGCUAACCAAAUGAGCAAAAGCUAAUUGGCUGGAGUCAACACUGACCUAACGUUAGCUAGCAUUAGCAUUAACUACUUUAACUCAACCAGACAGCUCAUUUUACUCCUUAGAUUGCGAGUAAUUCACAUCAGCUGUCACUAAUAAUACUUAACGUUUAACAUCAAGACGGAAUCAUGUCACGGUCCCCGGUGUUUUAACGUCGGAUAUGUUGGUUGUUGGCCUUGCUAACUAGCUAACCGUGUAAUUUUGCUAACAGGCAAAUAAAUUUGUCAGCGUGUGCAGAAAUUUAGGAAAUCCUGAACGUAAGAGUUGUAUUGAGCAAUGCCAUUGUUGGCGUAGUUUUCAUUUUGAAAUCCAUCAAAGGGCGAUUCGGCCUGCUUUGUCAGCGACACAUCUAGACUUGUCUUUUUUGUUUACAUGCGUAUAACUUAUGUGGUUGUCGGUUGAAUUUCAUGCUAGCUAGCUAAUGUUAGCCGUAUACGAGACACAAUCUGCUAUGUCCUGACAUCUGUGUAUGUUGUGGAUGAUUUAAAUUCCCAUGUGGAUCUUAGUUCGCGUUCAGAUUCAUUGAAAUGACACUAAAAUUUCGCCGAAAGAAAGGCACUGAUGCCAAUAGACUGUUGUCAAAGGACGGUAAAUAAUAGCCACUGGUUCCAUUAACGCCAUUUUAACAGGGCUCCCUGCGAGGGCCUGUGUGGUGGUGUUUUAUUUGCGGUUCGGUGCCUUCCGCCGGACCGGGACUUGAAUAAAGUGCCUUUGGUCUCACUGGAGUUACGAAAGGAGGUGCCGAUUGAACAUGGAGGGCCCGAGCCGAAGCACUGGAUUCAGGCAGAGCCGACGGUCCCGUUCACAGCGCGACAGGGAGCGGCGGAGGAGGAGAGUGAACCUGGCCGAGGAGCGGGCCACAUCCCUGUCCUCAGGCUCCGACCGGGAGGCUUGCGGGACGAACAGUGUUCUGGGUCCCGGUGGUAGAGAAUGCCGACCCGGGUUUGGGAGACACAGGCCGCCACGCCGGAGGAAGAGAGAGUCGGUGUCCUGCGAGGAAGACGUCAUUGAUGGCUUCGCUAUUGCGAGCUUCAUCAGCUUGGAGGCACUGGAGAUGGACUGCUCUCUGAAGCCCAGUCAGCGCACUGAUAUGCAUGGAAGGAGGAACAAGGGCAAGAGGGGGCCAGAGGAGAAUGGUGGUGGGCCGCUGUCGGAGCCUGAGGAAGGAGCCCCGCACAGCUACUCCAGCAGCUGUUGGAAACCGAGUAGAAAUAAGAGACGAAGGAUAGAGGGCCAUCCUCUGGAGACUGGCUACAUUUGUGACACAGAGAGUGAUACAGGAGAUAAGGCCUCCGACAAUGACAUGGACCCAGUCUUCACAGUCAGUACAAGGAAAGUUGUGGAGCCCACCCCCUCAAACAUGGGCACCUCCGUGGGCAAAAGCUGCCCGCCUCUACCGGCCCGUUGUGGCGGUGUGUCACGGUUGAUGGUGACCCCGAGAGUAUCUGGCCUGGAGCGGAGCCAGGAGAAAAGUUUGGAGCAGCAUUUCCCAGAGCCUGUUUGUUCUUCUACCUCUUCUGUUCCCUUCUCUUGCCUGCCUUCCCGCGUCACAGCCUCAGGCACGGUCCCCCGGCCCAGUCCGUUCAAUGGCAACGGUGGGCGCCACAACGGCAGCCCCCCACUCUCCAAACCCAAACCCUUCCUCACUUUGCCUCCGCGAUCUCACCCCAUCUACAGCAGGAGCAGCACCCCAUCCAAACCUCCCUCAUCUGCUUCAGCUGUUGCGUCUUCCUCAUCCUCCAUGCGCCCCCCGACUCCCUCCACCAGUGUGUCGCUGCCCUACAUCAGGGGCUCAGGAUCCUCAGGGCCCAUCAGACCCCCAUCCCGAGCCAGCUCCGGGGCCCUGUUCACAUCCUCGCCUGGCCUGCCUCCCCCUCCACCUCUGCUACAAGGUCCUGCCAACUCAACUGCAGCAGAUCAGGAAAUAUUGCGGCAUAACUUAAACUCCCAUUUCUUGAACUCACAAGAGCGUGAGGGCAGACGCAGCGUCCCAGGGGCUGAAAACAAUGCAGCAGCUGCGGGCCGCUCCACUCCUGGUGGUCCAUCAGCAUCAAGCUCCGCGCCGGGCUCGUCAGGCCGGUCGUCUCAGAGCCAGCCGAGCAUCCCGCCCCUGUUCCAGUUCCAUCAGCACAACCACCAGCACCAACACACGCACACGCACCAACAUUUCACGCCCUUCCUGCACCCCACAGCCACCGCACCGCCUCUGUUUGAUAAAUAUCCCGGCAAAAUGGACGGGCUGUACCGACACCCGUUCUUCCCACAAUACCCACCGCCCUCAGUGCCGAGUAUCCAGCCUGUGAUUCCUCCCACUGGGCCUUUUAGCUCCUUGCAAGGAGCAUUUCAGCCAAAGCCUCUUGUCCCUCAGGGAACGGGUCCUGAUAUAAGCGCACGUCUUGGGGUUGUGCCUCACCACCUGCAGCCCAAAGACCCAAGGCUAACUGAUCCAUUUGGGACAUCGUUGAAAAUCAGUAAUAAACCAGGAAAAUGGUGUGCUAUGCAUGUAUAUGUGGCCUGGAUGAUUCUAAGCCAUCAGAGAAAAGUAAAGCUGAUGCAGGCUGAUCCUCACAAGUUGGACUUCCGUAGUGAACUGCUGGCCCGUCUUCCUGGUGCUGGGGGACUGGGACCCCUGGGGCCCAUGGGAGGAGCCCUUCCUCCCACUCAUGAUCUGACCAGACCUCCCAGUCUGUUCUCAGCUACAGGGCCAGUCAAUCCGUCCUCAGCUCCUUUCAUCUCUCCAUCGACACCACACUCCUCCUUCCUCGCACCAACUGCACACUUGGAUCCAUAUGGACGAUCCCCACCCUUCACCCCACUGGGAGCCCUAGGUUCUGGUGCCUUUGGAGGACUUGGCAGCCCAACACUGGCGAGCUCUGUGUUUGGCCCCAAAGAUUCACCAGCGAAUGUGGUUGGAGGCAUGCCCAAUCCCAACCAUCACGACCCAUGGAACCGUCUGCAUGGUGGACCGUCUGGGUUGCCUGCUGGCCCCAGCUGGGCGAAAGGGGCAGACAAGCGGGACGAGAGGGAUCGAGGGAAGGAAGGCGAGAGGAGAGACAUCCCCCACAUCAAGGAUGAAAAGGACAGAGACAAUAUGCUGUAUGGCCGACAACCUGUGAGAAUGUCUCCAGUUGCCCCCUCCUUCAAGCCCCGCAGUAGCACCCCAGUUUCCCACAUUAACGGCCACAGCAGUUCCCUGGGUGGCAGCAGUGGGCCUAUUGAGGACCUGACACGCAGCCUAAAUAGAGACAGAGACAGAGACCGUGAGCGAGACAGAGAUGGAGAUAAGAGGCCGCUGCCAACAGUGUCUUCACGGGGGCUGCCGCUUGGUUCUUCAACUUUAGUAGCAGACAGGGACAGACCACGGUCUUCUUCAUCUUCUGCGCUCACCACUCCCCCGCCCUCCAGCCGCUCAGCCCCAUCUCCCUUGGAACUUUACACCCGCCCAAUGGCCCCGACAACACACAGCCUCCACAACGAACCCUCACACUCCCAAAGAGACAGCAGCCUUCCUUCUUCCUCGGCAGGUUCUGCCUCUGUCAAUUCUUUGUCUCAGGCCAAGAAGUCUGAUCGGACCACAACACCCGUCUCCAAAGCUCCCCUGCUUCUCCCGCCGGUUAAAGUCAAAGAGGAGCGAAAAGAGGAGCCAGAGCAUAUCCCCAUCACCCUGCCUCCUCCCCCAGCACUCGGCCACACCUUCGAUCGCCCUAACAGCCAUCCAAACCACCCUAGCUCUGGUACACCUUCUUCUUCCUCUUUAUCACUUACUCCCACUCCUGGUGUUCCCCUCAUGCAGCACACCCAGCACACCCAGCACACCCAACACACACAGCACACACAGCACACACAGCACACACAACACACACAACACAAUCACCCUCCUCCUCACCAACACCUUUCCCUGCUGGACCGCUCCAGGGCCAUUGAAGCGUAUCUGGGGAGCACAGCAGGCACUAGGUUGGUAAUGGGUCCAGGAGGAGAACGUUUCGCUCAUGGUUCAGGACAAGGGCCACAUCAGGGUCCACACAGUUUCACUUGGGACCCCUGGAGGGAGAUUGCGGCUCAUCAGCAACAUCAGCAUCGCAGGGAGGCUCUGGCAAUUCAGGCGGACCCUCACCUAGCGCUUCGAUCCGAUCCACAUCUGGCGCGACUGUUCCAGCAUCAGCGCCUUCUGGAGGCAGAGAGGGUUGCAGCUGUAGCAGCUGCAGCCGCAGCAGCGGGCCCUCACCACCCUCCACCAUCUACCUCUGCUGCCUCCACCUCUGCUGUCCGCCAGGAGUUCGGCUUAAUGGCUCAUCAUUUUGAACGCCCUCCUCACCUCGGACCCCCGGGAGGAGGACUGAUUGACGAAGAGCAGCGUGCCCAGAUCCUGAGGGAAGACUUUGAGCGGGCUCGCUAUUUUGGGAUGCACCCACACCUCCCUCCUGGCUCUCAUUUCUCAAGCCCCUCGCAUGCUGCUACUGCCGCUCACUUGGAGCAGCUCCACCCUGGCCUUCUCUCCCACUCGCUCCCCCAUGGAGCCUCUCCCUCCCAGAACCACGCUGGCCUCUAUGCCCGUCUAGGCCCACUGAACCCACACCACGUGCCCAACGGCAUCCUGGCAAAAACCCCUGCAGGCUUGGUGGGAGCUCUGGCAAUGGGGGCACCGCCUCCACUCAUUCCGUCCAUCACCAGCCGGUCGUCCACGCCUCCCCGCAGUUCUAGACUUGCAGGGCCAGGUGAGCUGGCACUGUACAGCGCCCACAAAGACGGAGAGUCCAGAUAGUACAGGGGCAACACUGGAGGAGAUUAAGGGAAAUGUCAGGAUCACUGUGCUGCUCUCAACCUGCCCCCUUUUCCUCUUGCGGACUGCUAAACCCUGCCCUUCCAUUAACACAACCAAACCAGCUCUUGUCCCCUCAAAAAGGGUAACAGUGACUGGCUAGAGGUGAUGGUAGGGAGGGAAAUGCAAGACUUGGAAUAUGCGCAACGGUUCUAUCAGUGCAAUUUAAAGGUACAUGGUUUCUGUGCAUCCUUGGUGUAUUUUUUAUUUUAUACCGGCUGUUGGUUAUUACAGUAGUCAAUUUGGAAAGCUGUAUGAAGAGGCAGAGGACAGCUUUUUUUCAUUUGUCAGGUGAAUUUUGAUCCAUGCUUUUGAGCAAGCCUUUUCCGGGUGGAUUGGAAAUGACUUCCAGAGGGAUGUACACUGUGAAAACAUGUCCAGGGUUCAUCCUCAAGCUUGGUUAGCUUAUGGGAUAUUAUAAAGUCCUCCUCACCAUAAAUCAACCCUGAUUAGGUAUUGUGGAUGAGGGUCUUUAGAAAUACAGUGGUAAAGUGGUGCUUUCUGUUCUGUCUUUGUAUCUUUUUGUCACUGUAAAAAAAAAGACAAAUUACUGAUGAGAGCAUUCGAUGGAGAUCGUUAAGCAUCGCACCUCAAGUUUCCUGCUUUACCCAAAAAUGUAAACCCAAACCCUCAGCUCCACUGAAAAUGAGAUUCAACCUUUUUUUGGCUUGUUUAUUUUUUUGUUUUCCAAAGGAUGAAUGGCGAAAAAUGAACUGUGCUACACUGUGUGAGUGAACACAGUGUUUUAGAGCUUCCUGUAACUUUUUCCCAGUCUCCUCUUGACUAUAUGUGCAGGACCAGAUUAUAGUAGUCUAGAGAAAUUGCCUUUGUAAUUAUUAUUCUUAACAUUAAUUAUCUUCUAUAAUAAUAAAUAUAUUCACUGUUAUGUUAUUUGUCUUUGUUUCGGGUAUCAACCAGUACUCUCUCCCCAGGUAGUAAUCUGUUUCAAAUCAUGCAAAAGACAAAGCAAAAGGCUUGCUUCACAGAACUUUUAAUGCUCGUGAACAUUAAGCCGUAUCCAUUGCAACCUCUGGCCUCUUCAAGGAUCUCGCCCAUGACUUCAUUAAGCUGAGAGGGAGGUUUGCCUGUGUGUCAUUGGUUGUGUGUUAUAUCCAUUUGGGACUAUGGGAGCCUUGUACAUUGAACUGUCGAGUUGUUUCAUCAACAAGAAUAAGUUAUAUACAUGGAAAAGUGGGACAUCUGCUGACGAACUGAAAAAAAAAAAAAUAUAUGUACUUGUGUCAAAAGACAGCUAGACAGUGGGUAUCCUGAGAGGGAAAAGACUGGGUCGAUUAUUUUAAUAUGACCAUUUUAUACCUUUCAAACCCCUCCCCUAGAGACCACAAAGAUUAAUUAUUAAAUGAAUUGUUGUUUA